AUGAUGGCGGCCGGCGGCGGCCCGGUGCGGCUGCGGCUGGUGUUCGAUCACCCUCCGCCGGCCAGCCCGGGCUGCGCGCUGUGCUGGCUGCUGCUGGAGCCGGGCCAGGCGCGGCUCGUCACCGACCUGCUCAGCCUCAUCCGCCAUCGCUUCGGCUUCAGCCGCCGCGCCCGCCUCAGCCUCUUCCUCCAGGGGGCGCUGCUGCCGCCCGCCGAGAGCGCGCGCCUCGUGCGGGACAACGACUCGCUGAGAGUAAAAUUGGAAGACAUAGUUGCAGAUGAUUAUGAAGAAAUAGAUGAUGACUUUGUUUACACAACAAAAGAAGACAAAAAAAGGCACAGACACAAGCAGGAUGAAGAAGAAUUCUCUAGGAAUGAAGGCAAGCAUAAAAGGAAAAAGAAAAAGGAGAAGCAUAAGCUUGAGUAUUCUCCUUGUAGGGAAGAGACCUCUGUAGAUACUUGGGACUCUCAGAAAAGGUACACGAAAAGGAAGAGAAAGGAAGAAGUCAGGGGAAGAAAUAGACACACAGAAGGUAAGGAAGAGAGCUCUACUUCCCAUUCUAAAAAGAUGAAAAAAACAGAGAGGGAGAAGCAGCUGGCAACAAAAAAGAAGGAUGAAAAGCAGACAGAGGUUGCUGCAGUAAAGAUGGCUUUAGAACAGGCAAAUGAGAACUUUUCUCUAAAUUCUGGUAAAAAUAGCACCAAAAAGAUCACAACAGAGUCCAGGAAAAAGAGGGUGGGAGCUUCAGAUUCCUCCAGCACAUCGUCUGACAGUGACAGCAGUGAGUUAAGUGUAAAGGACAAUAAAUCUUCCCAUAAACCUGUAGUGGUGACAUUUCCCAAAGACAAAUACCAAGCUGCUUCAGAUUCUGAUGUGAAAACUAAUAAAGUGACUGUAAAGUCUAACACUGAAAAGACUAAGACUGCAAUCAGUAAAAAUGCUAAAAAGCCCCAGUCUUCUAGUUCAGAUUCUGACUCAAGUACAGAGGACGAGAAGGUGACACCAGCACAAGACAGCACCGCGAAGGAAAAACCGGUGCCAAACCAUGUGGUGGCUGUAAAAGCCAGCACCAAGGCUCCCAAAGCACAGAGCUCCUCCUCAGACUCUGAUAGUUCAGAUUCAGACACACUUGUCAUUAAAAAGUCUGCAGCAGGUGCUGGACUGGGUAAUUCCAUGGUAAGGAACUGCAUUAAACAGUUGCCAGCCAGUGCCCAAGGAACAUUUGCCAGCCCUGGCCGUGGAAGGGGGCAUGGAACGGGAGAGGAGAACUUCUGGAGAGCACCUAGGGGCCGUGGGUUUCGUGGGAUGAUGAGGGGCCACGGGAGAGGAGCAAACCCUGGCUUCUUCUAUAACUACAGCAGUGAAGGCCAGAAACAGAGGCAGUUAAAUGAAGCUGCGACAAACACUUCUGUCCUUAUCCAGAAUCCCAUGGAGAGCCCCAAAAGAGACUACAGUGUGUUACCCCUUCUAGCUGCUCCACCCCAAGUGGGAGAAAGAAUUGCCUUCAAGCGCCUGGAACUAACGGAUAAUUACAGUCCUGAAGUGUCAGACUAUAAGGAGGCAAAAAUAAUCGGUUGGAAUGCUGAAAAAAAGCAGAUUGAACUUGAGAUCCUUUCAACAUCAGCAGCACAAUUUGCUAAGGAGCCAGGGAAGUUCGACCUGGUGUACCAGUCUGCAGACGGAGAGGAGCUGAUCGAGUACGCGGUGCCUCAGGACACCAGGAUCACUGAAAGCUGGGAUGCGCUGAUAGAGCCGAGACUGAUCGUGGAGCCUCCAGUUAACGGAUCCAGCGUUGAAAAUGGAACACCUAGGAUGUGAAAAACUGUGAACAAUUGCACAGGUUUGUUCUGGGAAAUGCUGCCUUCUGUUCUGAGGGUGGCAGCUGCACUGGUGAAUAUUACUGUUUUAAAAAGAAGUAGGCCAAAAGAAAAACACUUUUUUCUCCUUAGGCUAUGUUUUUAUGUAAUACAUGAAAACUUUGUUUAUUAUAGGAAGUCUAAUAUAGAUCUGUUGGAUUUGAAUAUUUAUAUCCUGCUGUAGCACGCUGCAGAUCUGGAAUGGUUUGAUUAAAAAACAAAACACAA